CUGCACCACGGGCUAGUGAAGGUGCGACUCCAGGAAUGAUUAGACAAUAAACGCGACUCCAGACCGGGAUAAGCGGCUGUUGCAUAGCCUGGGGCGACCCGACUGUAUCGCAUAGUACAGCAACGAGCUCCGCCCUGCAAGAGAGUCAAGAUGGCUCCCGAACGCACCAAUACGUCGUGGGAUCAUGAAUACAACACGAUCCGCCGUGAGAAGCUUUUCCGGAACCCUCCAACCGAUCGGACGGCCUAUCCUGCGCUCCAAUUAGCCGUCGACCCCCAUAUUGAGGCCUUCAACGCCCUCUUCCGAAACGACGGCAAACCCGGUCUCCUGGACCAUGCACUGGCCGAGAUUGGAACAAAGACGUUUCUAGACGGAGACGAGAGAGCAGCGCCGGCGAGCAGGAAUAAGCUGACGAUACGGUACAAGAGCGUCACUCUUCAGAAGUCCCAGGUUCCGCCAUCCAACAAAUUUGCCAAACGGCGCGAGAUCUUCCCGGCCGAGUGUCGGGAACGGCACGUCUCAUACCGGGGGAAGCUCACGGCCGUGUUCGAGUAUCGCGUCAAUGAUGGUGAGCCUCAGGAGUUUGCUCGAGAGCUCGGGCAAAUGCCAAUAAUGGUCAAGUCCAACAAGUGUCACUUAGAGAACAACCCGCCGGCACUCCUUGUUCAAAGAAAAGAGGAAUCUGAGGAGCUUGGUGGAUACUUCAUCGUCAACGGCAUCGAGAAAAUCAUUCGGUUGCUGCUGGUCAACCGGAGGAACUUCCCACUCGCUAUCAUCCGUCCGAGUUUCACAAACCGGGGCCCUUCAUAUACGCCAUACGGCAUCAUAGUACGAUCCGUCCGGCCGGAUGAGACCUCCCAAACCAACGUGCUCCAUUAUCUGAACGACGGCAAUGUCACCUUCAGGUUCUCGUGGAGGAAGAAUGAGUAUCUGGUCCCCGUCAUGAUGGUCCUCAAGGCGCUUGUCGAGACAAACGAUCGGGAGAUCUUCGAAGGCUUGGUGGGCCCGCCAAACUCGAAAGGCAUCGAAAACACCUUCCUCACAGACCGAGUGGAGCUGCUGCUCCGCACCUACAAGACUUACGGCCUUUACACAAAGACACAGACUCGGGCCUAUCUGGGAGAAAAGUUCCGGGUUGUGCUCGGUGUUCCCGACACCAUGUCGGACUACGAAGUCGGCACAGAAUUCCUCCGCAAGAUCGUGCUCGUCCAUCUUGGAAGCGUCGACGUGACGGGGGAGCAGGAUCUUGACAAGUUCAAGAUGCUGCUCUUCAUUUGCCGGAAGCUCUACGCGCUUGUGGCCGGUGAUUGUGCCGUCGACAAUCCAGAUGCCGUACAGAACCAGGAGAUCCUGCUUGGUGGUUUCCUCUACGGCAUGGUGCUGAAGGAGCGGCUGGAGGAGUUGAUUUCCGUAUCUCUCAGGGCUGCGCUCCGCGACUACCUGGGGAGAAACCCGACGGUCGCAUUUACGAGUUCCACUUUCGCAAAGGAUUUCCCACUUGCCAUUUUCAGGCGGACAAAUGAGAACAUUGGAAAUUCUCUCGAGUACUUCCUGUCAACGGGCAAUCUCCAGAGCCCCUCGGGUCUCGACCUGCAACAAACAUCGGGUUUCACCGUCGUAGCAGAGAAGCUCAACUUCCUGCGCUUCAUCAGCCACUUCCGCAUGGUUCACCGUGGUAGCUUCUUCGCACAGCUCAAGACAACGACUGUGAGAAAGCUGCUGCCCGAGUCCUGGGGCUUCCUGUGCCCCGUGCACACUCCCGAUGGUGCGCCGUGUGGGUUGUUGAAUCACUUGGCCCACAAGUGCAAGAUUAUGACAGACUCGGUGGACGUCUCGGCUGUUCCGGGGGCGGCCAUGGAGCUUGGGGUGAAUGACUACUCGUCCGCGGCAACCACGGAGAGCGUUGUCGUCAUGCUCGAUGGUAGGAUCAUCGGCUGGUGCACUCCAAACGGUGCCAAAGCGGUCGCCGAUACCCUGCGGCACUGGAAGGUUCAAGGCGGCCAUGGAAUCCCGGUACAGCUGGAGAUCGGCUAUGUUCCCACGUCCAAGGGCGGGUCCUAUCCUGGUAUCUACAUGUCUUCGCGUGCAGCCAGGAUGGUCCGGCCCGUCAAGUACCUGCCACUCGGGAAGGAAGACUUUGUCGGUCCCCAUGAGCAGCCGUACAUGUCGAUCGCAUGCACCGAGGGCGAAGUCAUUCCGGGCGACUCAACGCACGUCGAGUUCGACCCAACGAACAUCCUCUCCAUUCUGGCGAACAUGACCCCCUUCUCCGACUUCAACCAGUCGCCCCGUAACAUGUACCAAUGUCAGAUGGGUAAGCAAACAAUGGGCACCCCAGGCACGGCGAUCCGCUAUCGGACGGACAACAAGAUGUAUCGCCUGCAGACGGGCCAGACGCCCAUCGUUCGCGCUCCGCUGCACAAUACAUACGGCUUCGACAACUUCCCCAACGGCACGAAUGCGGUAGUAGCCGUCAUUUCCUACACGGGUUACGACAUGGACGACGCCAUGAUUAUCAACAAAUCGGCCCACGAGCGUGGCUUUGGCCACGGUACCAUCUACAAGACCAAAAAGAUCAGCCUCAAGGACGACACAAGGACGCGUACGUCGAAGACCAUCACCAAAAUGUUCGGCUUCGCUCCUGGCAGCGCGGUCCGGGCGUCAGACCGAGAAAUGCUCGACGCCGACGGGCUGCCUUAUGUUGGACGUCUGGUACGAGAGGGGGACAUCCUCUGCGCGUGGCACACCGUCUCGGCCGACUACAGCGGGCAGCUGAUCAACCGUGACGGCAUCACCCACUGGGAGAGAUACAAGGAGGCGGAGGACGCUUUCAUCGAGGAGGUGCGGGUGAUCGGGAGCGACACGGGCAACGAACCUUUGCAGACCGUCUCCAUCAAACUCCGCAUUCCUAGGUCGCCUGUCAUCGGUGACAAGUUCUCAUCUCGUCACGGCCAGAAGGGAGUGUGCUCCCAGAAGUGGCCGGCGGUUGACAUGCCCUUCUCCGAGUCAGGCAUCCAGCCCGACGUUAUCAUCAACCCGCACGCUUUCCCGUCGCGCAUGACCAUCGGCAUGUUCGUCGAGUCUCUCGCGGGCAAGGCAGGCGCGCUGCACGGGCUGGCGCAGGACUCGACGCCGUUCAAGUUCGACGAGGAGAACACAGCAGCGGACUAUUUCGGGCAUCAGCUGAUGAAGGCGGGCUACAACUACCACGGAAACGAGCCAAUGUACUCUGGUAUAACUGGCGAGGAGUUUGCCUGCGACAUCUACAUCGGUGUGGUCUACUACCAAAGGCUGAGACACAUGGUAAACGACAAGUACCAGGUCCGCACCACGGGUCCGGUGGUCCCGACGACGGGUCAGCCGAUCAAGGGCCGCAAGAAGGGUGGCGGUAUCCGUGUGGGAGAAAUGGAGCGCGACGCCCUACUGGCGCACGGAACCGCUUUUCUGCUCCAGGACCGGCUGCUCAACUGCUCAGACUACACCAAGUCUUGGAUAUGCCGAGACUGUGGGUCUUUCCUGGCGGUGCAGCCAACGGUGUCGCCCUUCAUCGGCAAACGCAAGCAGGUUGGCACGGUCCGUUGCCGGAAUUGCGCAAUGCGCCUGGAUCAGAUUGAGGGUCUUGAUCUCAUGAAGCUGGACGGCGAGAUCUGGGAAGACGGGCAGGGUGUGCAGUGGAUAGGGGGUGAGAACACAACCCAGGUGGCUGUGCCCGGGGCCUUGAAGUUCCUUGAUGUCGAGCUGGCGGCGAUGGGGGUGAAGCUGAAGUACCGGGUGGAUACCAAGGACGCGAUUCGGAGGGGCCCCCUGAGGCCAGCGGCGCCCAAGGCAUUAACAAACGGGAUGGUGGCGGCGUGACGAAAUAUGCAGGGUUCUUCCAGGUAGACAGGCCAUAUGUCUACAAUGUAUGAGUUCCAGGUUUCUGUCGGUGUCUCUACUCGGGCAUGACGGGUUGUGUUGAGCUGCCUCCUUGGGUGCCCCCGAUGUUGCACAUGGCGAAAACAACAGUAAAACAUCGCCUUACCGAGGGGGCUUUGCAACGGCGUGAGACAUUUCCCAUGCGAUAGCUCUAUAGAUAGCUUCCAAAUCGAGGCUGUCGUGGGAAACACGAGGGAAAUGAGAGGCCGCUGCGGUGAUCCGGACACAAAACAAACGGCAGCCGAUGCGCUCGCGGCAGACGGCUGUGACGGUCUAUAUCAUGCAGUGUCCCGCACAGAU